GAUGCCUCGCUCCCCGGUCUUCUCCCGCCCCCCGCGGGUCUCCUCCCACUGUUGAAAGCUGCCCGGGAAAGUGGUGGCGGGAGCGGGCCUGGGCCGGAGCACAGCGUGGGCCCCGCUGCGUGUUGCGAAGCGCAGGAGGAGGGUCGCCGACAUGACGGCCCCGGGUGAGAGCCCCCUGGCGCCGCUGUUGGAGACUUUGGAAGACCCUUCCGCCCCCCAUGGAGAGCAAACCGACGCUUACCUGACUCUGACCAGUCGAAUGACUGGAGAAGAUGGAAAAGAAGUCAUUAUGGAAAUUGAGAAAAAACUUCCCCAGCUAUUCAGAGUUUUAAAAAUUCACAUUUCCAGUCAGAAUUCAGACCUCAGUAGUGCUGCUCUACAGGCCUUGGGGUUUUGCUUAUAUAAUCCCAAAAUUACCUCAGGAUUAUCAGAGACAGAUAUUCAAGAACUGCUUUUAAAAUUGAAUGAUAGUGUUAAAAGCCCAGACAAAAAUGUACGUACUAGGGCACUUUGGGUGAUAUCCAAGCAGACGUUUCCUGCUGAAGCCAUUGGCAAAGUAGUAUCCACUAUAAUCGAUUCAUUAGAAAUAGUAUUUAAUAGAGGAGAAAUGCAUUCUGCUGUUGUUGAUUAUGAAGCAUUAAAUGUCAUCAUAAGGCUAAUUGAACAAGUCCCAGUUCAAAUGGGAGAAGAGUCAGUUAGGUGGGCAAAAUUGAUCAUACCUUUAGUGGUUCAUUCAGCUCAAAAGGUACAUUUGCGGGGAGCAACUGCUCUAGAGAUGGGAAUGCCAUUGUUGCUUCAGAAACAACAAGAAAUAGCAUCUAUCACAGAGCAGCUUAUGACUACUAAAUUACUUUCAGAGCUCCAAAAGCUAUUUAUGAGUAAGAAUGAGACUUAUGUGUUAAAAUUGUGGCCUUUGUUUGUCAAACUUCUUGGGAAGACCUUGCAUCGAAGCGGGAGUUUCAUUAAUUCUUUAUUACAGCUGGAAGAACUAGGAUUUCGAAGUGGAGCACCCAUGAUUAAAAAAAUAGCUUUUAUUGCUUGGAAGAGUUUAAUAGAUAAUUUUGCUUUGAAUCCAGAAAUACUAUGCAGUGCAAAAAGACUGAAGUUGUUAAUGCAGCCUUUGAGUUCUAUCCAUGUGAGAACAGAAACUCUAGCACUAACUAAGCUAGAAGUCUGGUGGUAUCUACUCAUGAGACUUGGACCUCAUCUUCCUGCUAAUUUUGAACAGGUGUGUGUGCCUCUGAUUCAAAGUACAAUAAGCAUCGAUUCUAAUGCUUCACCUCAAGGCAGUUCAUCUCGUGUAGCUGCUUCUCCAGGUUUAAGUCCUAUGACUCCUAUACACAAAGGUGCUUCCCCAUAUGGAGCUCCCGUAACUCCCCGGAUGAACUUAAGUUCAAAUUUUGGUGGAAUGGCUACAAUCCCCUCUAUUCAACUUUUGGGACUUGAAAUGCUGCUUCAUUUUUUGUUGGGUCCAGAAGUCUUGAGUUUUGCCAAGCAAAACAAACUCGUACUGAGCUUAGAGCCCCUUGAACAUGCGUUAAUCAGCAGCUCUUCUUUUUUUUCCAAACAUGCAAAUACACUUAUCACUGCUGUUCAUGACAGCUUUGUUGCGGUUGGAAAAGAUGCUUCUGAUGCAGUUGUCAAUGCUAUUUGGAAGGAGCUAAUUAGCUUGAUGAAGUCAGUUAUUGAAUCAGGUAACAAAAAAGAGAGACCAGGUUCUGAAGUUUUGACCCUGUUACUAAAAUCUUUAGAAAGCAUAGUGAAGUCAGAAGUAUUUCCUGUGUCAAAAACACUGGUCCUCAUGGAAAUUACAAUUAAAGGACUGCCCCAGAAAGUAUUAGGUUCACCAGCAUAUCAGGUUGCUAAUAUGGAUAUUCUUAAUGGAACUCCUGCUUUGUUCUUAAUUCAGUUAAUUUUCAACAGUAAUCUCUUGGAAUAUGGUGUAGAAGAUGAGAGGUUUUUUCUCAAUCUGGAAACACUUGUUGGCUGUGUCCUUUCUGGUCCAACUUCACCACUAGCUUUCAGUGACUCUGUUUUCAAUGUGAUUAACCAAAAUGCAAAGCUGUUGGAAAACAAGGAGCAUCUCUGGAGAAUGUGGAGUAUUAUAGUCACCCCAUUAACUGAAUUGAUUAAUCAGACCAAUGAAGUGAAUCAAGGUGAUGCCUUAGAACAUAAUUUUAGUGCCAUUUAUGGUGCAUUGAUUUUACCAAUAAACCAUAUUUUUUCAGUACAGAAAUUUCCAGUGGCCACCAUGAAGACUUUACUUAGAACUUGGUCAGAACUAUAUAGAGCAUUUGCCCGUUGUGCUGCUUUGGUGGCAACUGCAGAAGAGAAUUUGUGCUGUGAGGAACUUUCUUCCAAGAUAAUGUCCAGUUUAGAAGAUUCAAGCUUUUCAAAUUUGUUGUUCUUGGAUAGGAUCAUUCAUAUAAUUACUGUAAUGGUUGAUUGCAUCGACUUCUCACCAUACAAUAUUAAGUAUCAGCCCAAAGUUAAAUCACCACAGAGACCUUCAGAUUGGUCCAAAAAGAAGAAAGAACCUCUAGGGAAAUUGGCUUCUUUAUUUAAGCUUAUUGUGAGUGUGAUCUCUUCUUUCCACACACUGAGCUUCAAGGAAGUACAUUCUGAUACUCUCCUCACUGUCGGCAACUCAAUCACCAGUAUUCUUUCUAAUGUACUUGGACGUAUUUCUUUGCCUUCUAUGAUCCGAAAAAUAUUUGCAACUUUAACAAGACCUCUGGCAUUAUUUUAUGAAAACUUAAAGCUUGAUGAAGUUCCUAAAGUGUAUAGUUGUAUGAGCAACAAGUUAGAAAAGCUACUAGGAGAGACAAUUGCUUGUCUACACUUCAGCUACACUGGAACUUACGACAGUGAACUUCUUGAACAGAUCUCUCCAUUAUUAUGCAUAAUAUUUUUGCACAAGAAUAAACAGAUUCGAAAACAAAGCGCUCAGUUCUGGAAUGCCACAUUUGCUAAAGUGACGACGUUGACUUACCCUGAAGAGUUAAAACCAGUACUAAGACAAGCCAAACAGAAAUUUCUGUUGCUUUUACCUGGUUUGGAAAAUGUUGAGAUUAUGGAGGAAUCCAGUGGACCAUAUUCAGAUGCAACCGAAAAUUCACAGUUAAAUGUGAAGAUAAGUGGCAUGGAAAGAAAAUCAAGUGGAAAAAGAGAUUCUUUUUUGGCACAAACAAAGGAUGCAAAAGAAAAUAAGAAACCACCAGUCAAAUUGAAAUUAGAGUCGUCUUCUACAAAAACAAAGAGUGAAAUGCCUUUGGAAGAGGAAAAGUCUACUGACUUUGUGUUUAUACCUCCAGAAGGAAAAGAAGGAAAGGAAAGAAUUCUAACUGAACAUCAGAAAGAAGUACUCAAAACAAAAAGAUACGAUAUUCCUGUCAUGUAUAAUAAUCUGGAUGUUUCACAAGACACUUUAUUUUCUCAGUAUACCCAGGAAGAGUCCAUGGAAAUUCCUACUUUAGCUGAAAAAUCAAAGGAAGAUUCCAAGGUGAUAUAUAAGGAGGAACAGAUGGAGAGUGACACUGUUACUCCUCAAGAUGUCAUGGAAAACUGUGGCAUGGAUGAGCAUCUUGAAAAGGCUUCCCUUCCAAAUAAUGAGUGUGGUUCUAAUGAGGAAACCAGUCCAGAAAUACUGAGCAGAAAUAAUGAUGCCAGAAAGAAAACUUUAAUUUCAUCAGAGAAAACAACUGAAUGUGCAUCUAGUGCAGAAAAUACUUCUGGUCUCCACAGCUCAGUUUCUAACGCCAUCAUUUCUGGAAUUCCCCCACAGCCUACAAGUCGGAGGCAAACCUUUAUUACUUUGGAGAAGUUUGAUGGUUCAGAAAAUAGACCUUUUAGUCCAUCCCCCUUAAAUAAUAUGUCUUCAACUGUUACAGUGAAAAAUAACCAGGAAGUCAUGGGUAAAACAGAUAUUCCACCAAAAACAAAGAAAAGAGAAAUGGCUUUCACAAAAUCUGAUUCUGAAAAAAUAGCACAUGGAAUUAAGAGAUCAAGCCGAAGGUUGAGUAAAGCCGAACAAACAGGGAACAAAAGGUCUAAGCUCUUAAUGAGAUCUGAUCAGGAGAAAAAUACUCAGGAAUCUGUUGAUGGCACAGUAGUCUUAGAAAAUAACCCACCUGGUUUGCUUAAUCAAACAGAAUGUGUGUUAGAUAAUCAGGCUCAUCUCUCUGAAUCUACAAUGGAGUAUGAGGAUACAAUGCUUAAACCAACAAUAGAAAAUGUGGUAUUAUUAGAAAACAAUACUGUGGAAGAGAAAACACUAGGAAUCAAUUUGGAAUCCAAAGAAAAUACACCCCCAGCUGUAAUACCAGCAGAUCAAAUGGUAGAUGAGAAUAGUCCUGUUCAGAUAACUUCAAAUCAGAAAACGCUUAGACGGUCCUCAAGGCGACGCUCAGAAAUAGCAGAGCCUACCACUGAUAGCCAAGAGAAAGAAAAUAAUCAUCAAAAAAAAGAAAGACGUAAGGAAGAAGAAAAGACCCUUCAGAAAAGUCCGUUGCAUGUAAAAGAUGAUGUGUUACCUAAGCAAAAACUGAUUUCUGAAGAGACGGUACAGGAAAAUUUAAUUGAGAAAGGGAAUAAUUUACACGAGAAGACUUUUGGGGAAAACAGCACUACUGCUGAAAUUGAUGAAAGUAAAAGAAAGCUAGACCUUGAAAAUAUUAAAUCUGAGGGAGACGGUGCCCAGGGUAUUGUCGAUAAGUCCUCUGAAAAACCAGUAAGCGGACGUACACGGUAUCAAACAAGAAGGGCAUCUCAGGGUUUACUUUCCAGCAUUGAAAACUCAGAAUCUGAUAGUUCUGAGGCAAAAGAAGAAGGCUCUAAAAAGAAGAGAUCUGGAAAAUGGAAAAACAAAAGCAGUGAUAGUGUUGAUAUUGAAGAUCAAGAGGAGAAAGUGAUAAAACAGGAAUGUAUAAAUGUUGAAAACCAGACACUUGACUGCAAAGCAAAUUCUGAAGUAGAGAGAAGGCUGAAAUCUCAGAUUUGUGAACAAAAAGAUGAGAGUAAUAAAACUCUUGAAGAUUCUACAGUAUCUUCAGAUUUAUUGCAGGUUUCUGAUGAUGUAUCAACUACUUUUGAGGGAAAAAGUAAAACCAAUAAAUGUGCAGAAUAUUCCUUUUCGAACCCUUCUAUGCCAGAAUCAAAUCUAAGGACUAGAAAUGCCAGCAAGAGAUUACAAAAACGAGAUUCUAUAGAAAAUAACAGCAUGGGAGAAUCUUCAAAAAUAGGGACAUCAGACAUUUCUUUGCUUUCUGAAAAAACCUUUCAAACACUUGAAUGCCAACAUAAGAGAAGUAGGAGGGUAAGGAGAUCUAAAGGUUGUGAUUGCUGUGGAGAAAAAUCACAGCCUCAGGAAAAGUCAUUCACUGGGUUAAAGAAUACAGAAAAUUAUGAUGUAAAAGUCAGUGAAACAAAAAAGACAGAUAUGCAAACACCUGUAAGUGUAUCAGAAACUUCUAAAGCUAAUCUGUGCUCUGAGGUAAAACUUUUAGAUGAACAUAAUGGUGUGAAUUUUCAUUUGGGACUCAAGGAGGAGAAUGAUACUUUUAAUGAUUCAUUAAUUAUAUCUGAAAGUGAGUUGAAAGAAAAUACUAUUCAAAACCCUCUUCCUUCUGAAGUAGUAAAUUUUGAAGAAGAAACUUGUGAUACGGAUUCUGAAGAAGCAACACCUCUUGAAAGCCAAGAGCCAUCCAAUAAAAAAUGUAUAACUGUUAGCCCAUGUUUAGAUGAUUCCAAAGAUAAUUCACUGGAAUGUUCUACUUUGGAGACCAAAGAAGAAAAGCCAGAGACUGUUUUGGAAAAGGAACUAAGUAUAGAGAACAUUGCCAAUGUUGAAACAGAUGCAUGUAAAGGUGAAGCAAAAUUCAAUCCAGAAGAAAUAGAAGCUAUUGAAUUGGGUGUAGAAAAUGAUAAAUCUGAAGCUAGCUUUUCUGAACAAAAGAGUACCGAAACUGGUAUUAGUGAAGAAGAGAUAAAUAGUGAAAGAAGUGAUGAAUCUGAAGCAGAGGCAGCUGAAAAACUGAAGUCUGAAGAAGCAGUAACUGAAGAAUUUAAUUCUGGUAUUGGUCAUUCUGAUAAUACCACAGAAAUGAGUGCUCAGGUAGAGAUACCUGAACAAACAACAGUUGGGGAAUUAGAUGAAGGAAGUGACGAAUCUGGUCCAGGCUCAUCUGAAGAAAUGAAUGCUGAAGUGGAAAAUUGUGAAGAGACAGUGAUUGGUGAGGUGAGUGCUGAAGCUGACCAAGUCAGUGAAACGGUGGACCAGGACUCGACUACCGAAAUCUCUGCUAAGCCUGUACAGGCUGAAACAAAGACAGCAGCUAUGGAAAUUGGCAGUUUUAUUCUCAACACACUUGAGAUGAGCACUGAAGAAGGAAAAGUUGACUCUGAUAAAACUGAAACAAAUAUUGAACUUAAUAAGUCUGAAGAAACAACAUCAGAUGACAAUGGAAUGGUGGGGGGAAGUGAUGAAAUUUUACAGGAAGUUCGCCCUACUUCAGAGAAAGUGGAGGAAAUAUCACAGUCUCUGACAUCUGAAACAGCCAUCUCUGGACUAAUAACAGAAGACAAUAAUGCAUCUCCUCAAAAAUUAAGGGAACUUGAUCCUUUACUUGUAUCAGCAAAUGGCAGUCCUAGUAGCAUGCAGACACGCUGUGUCUGGUCACCUUUGGCUUCUCCAUCGACCAGCAUUUUAAAGAGAGGACUAAAAAGACCUCAGGAAGAUGAGAUAUCAUCACCUGUUCACAAGGCAACAGUAAGACAUUGUAGUUUUCUAUGCAGAUAUGUACAGAAUCUGCCUACUCUUGGGAAUCAAGACCAGGAGACAUUUAUAUACAUGGUUCGCCGUGUCUCCUUUGCAGAUCCAAUAUACCAAGCAGGGUUGGCAGAUGACAUUGAUAGGCGAUGCUCUAUUGUUAGGUCCCAUUCUUCAAAUAAUUCUCCCACAGUAAAAAGUGUUAAAACUUCACCUACUGCACAAUCUAAGCAUAAUGCCACUUCAACCAAAGGAUUUCUGUCCCCAGGAUCACGUAGCCCUAAGUUUAAGAGCUCAAAGAAGUGUUUAAUUGCAGAAAUGGCUAAAGAAUCUAUGCCAUGUCCAACAGAAAGUGUUUACCCAGCUUUGGUCAACUGCGUGGCUCCAGUUGAUAUCAUUUUACCUCAGAUUACAUCAAACAUGUGGGCAAGAGGACUGGGACAGCUCAUUAGAGCUAAGAAUAUAAAAACGAUUGGUGAUUUGAGUACUCUUACUGCAUCUGAAAUAAAAACUCUUCCUAUCCGUUCUCCAAAAGUGUCCAAUGUAAAAAAGGCUCUUAGAGUCUAUCAUGAGCAGCAGGUAAAGUCUCGUGGACUAGAGGAGAUUCCAGUUUUUGAUAUUUCUGAAAAAGCAGUAAAUGGAAUACAAACUAAAUCCCUUCCUUCUGAUGAAGAAAGACUUGCCUCAGAUUUAAUUGACCCUGUUGCUUUGGAAACUCCAUUACCUAAAAAUCUUGUGGCACAGAUUAGUGCACUUGCUCUUCAGCUAGAUUCAGAAGAUCUCCAUAAUUAUUCAGGAAGCCAGCUGUUUGAAAUGCAUGAGAAACUUGGUAGCAUGGCGAACUCUAUAAUAAAAAAUUUGCAGUCACGUUGGAGGUCACCAACCCAUGAAAAUUCCAUUUAGUAUUUUAAGAGAAAAUUGAAGGUUUUCUUUUUUUUUUUUUUUCAAUAUCACUGGAUUUGUUGAUCAUAAAAUAAGUUCUGAAGUAUAGCACAAUUUCAGACUGAAAGUUUGCAAAGUUGAUAACAUUUCAAACCCUGAAGGGCUGUGAGUUAUGUAAGUUCAGUUUUGUAAGUUUAUUAUGUAAGAUUUUUGUUCAUACAACAUUUUCUUGGCUGCUAUGCAUAGUUUUUCAAAAAUUUAAAUAUCUUACUGAAAUGUGGAAGCAAGAACGAGAAACAAAAGCAUUUCAUUUCACACCUCCUAAACUCAUACAUAUUCUGAUGAGACAGUCAUAAAAAAUGAAAAAUACCUUAAGUAAAAUUGAACAUUUCUAUUUGAAUUUUUUGCUGAACUGAUAAAGGUGUUUAUACUUGAUUUUAUUUUUUUAAUUUAUAUUUGUUGUGCCUGAGGUUUAAGAAAUUUGUUCUCAGGAGAACACCUUAGAUGAGAUGCAAAAGAAUUGGAACAUUUUCCCACAGAUGUCAACUUUGGACAACUUAAUGGAAAAUACCAAAAGCUGCAACUUUUGGGGUUAAAAUACUAAAGCAGAACUUACUAAGAUUCCAUUCAUUUGCGUUAGCAAAUAUUUGUGCAGCAUUGCUUUGUGAAAAUUUAGUCAUAUGAGACAUGUCCUAUUCAUUUUAAAAUGCAUGACUAUUUGUACAUUAUGUAUAGAUUACAAUGUUUUUAAUUUAUAAAUUUCAGCCUUUGUUAAUGGCAUGAAUUUUUCUGCAGCUACUUGUGAAUACCUUUGUUUAAUAGAAACCUAUUUUGUAUAUAUUAAAUACUGAGAUAUCAGUAUGGACAGUAGAAGUGCUUUGUGGGCUUGCUGCAGAUGUUUGUAGGAUUCUGUAUCUACAAAUACAAAUAGUUUUGUACGUAGUAGUCUUAGUAAAAACAUGAGUUUAUUUUCUAAAUUAUAACCAGAAGGAGUUAAAGUUAUAGAAAUGAGGAAGUGUUACAUGAGAACUUCGCUAUUCAUACCCAUACUUUUUUUUUUUGUUGUUCGGAAGGAGGGUAUCAGCCACUAGAAAGCUUCAUUACAUUUCUUUUUAAUGGAGAGUUAGUUUGACUAUUUUUGUUACAACUUGGACUAUAUGAAAUCCAGAAUUUAUUGGUUCUUUUCACCUACACCUAAAGCAGACUUGGAAAUUUGAAACUGUUCUUUUGAAAUAUGUAUGUUUUGCCUAGUUUUAAAAAAGUAGGGUGUAUAUAAUUAAAACAUUUGUAAAUUUUACCGACUAGUAUUAGUGCCUGACUCCCAUAUUUGUUUCGUCUCUUUCCAGUGAGAAUAUCUCAUUUGCUCUCUGAUGAGAAUGAGUGAGUGACCUUCACAGUUUCAUAUUUUAUUCAAAACUAACCAGCUUGAAAAGGCACACAUUCUUCAACAAGUUACUGAAAGUUUAAUUCUUGUGUUUUAGUUAGUUCCUAUAUUCAGAAGGGGACCACCUGCCAGCCACUAAAGUUGGUGUCUUUUUCAUAAUUAUAAAUCCAUCAUCAUUACAGAUAUUUUGGGGUAUAAGUUUCAUAGUCCUAUACCAAGGCUGGAUUUAAAGGAAAUUCUGGGACCAUAAAACUGAGGAUUGUAGCUUGAAGAGAUAACUAAAAAUAGAAUAACAGAAUUAUAAUUGUGGUUUCUAUUGCCUCCCACUUCCCACGUUAUUUUAUAGUAAAGAGGCACAUAAAUUUUUAGUUAACAGGUAUAAGGAGGAGUGUGUAUAUGUGUUUGUAUGGAGUCAGAAUUGGCUUAUCUCAUGAUUAUCUUAAUGUUUGUGUAACUAGCUGGUGAAUGACGUUCUUGAGAACUUGAACAGUAUAGGAGAAAAUGUGACCAAAGUGAUUGAUUAGCAUUUACUUAAAUCACUGAAUUCGAUAAAAGCACAAGUAUACAUUUUCAAGUACUGUGGUUGAACAAGGAUGUGUUUAAAAAUGUUACUUGAAGGCAGAAACCAGUUUGCUAAAUCUUCAUUGUAGAUACAGUUGUUAAGUGUAUAUUUGAGGCACCUUAUUUUUAAUAUUCUUGCCUUAAAUUUUGCCCUGAAUGAUUCCUAAAUAGCAAAAAAUAUUAAUUAUCCUUGAUCAGUAUGUUAACUAUUAAAAUUAAAUCAGUUUUUUAAUAUUUUCUAAAAGUUAAUAAAACAAAUGGCAAAUAUUAAUAAGAACACUCAAAUGUGAUUUCUUAUUUUAUGCAUUUAUAAAAAGAUUCUGUUUGCUUACAGAAGUAUAGUAUAAUUUCUCGUGUUCCAAAAUGGACUCCAUAUAGUGGGUUUAAAUUUCAGUAUUGCACCGAGCCCAUUGUCUGAGAUGUUACAUUUGAACAAAUUUGAAAGCCAUUGUUGAAUGGCAUGGAGCUUUUGCUCAGAUUCCAUAUAGUAUAGGGUGAAUCAGGUUUAGUGAUAAUAUUAUCAGAUAAUAUAGUCAAAAAUAAGAUUUAAAUAUGAACAUGGUAGUUUCUGGCAUCGCUCAUGGAUACUUUACAGCUUGAAAGUAGUCAGGGCUUCUGUUACAUAUUUAAGAGUCAUAAAAAUGCCAAGGAAACUGGAUUAUAUUUUGCCUAAAAUAAAAGUGGCAGGGCAAGAAACAAAAUUAGGGGAAAAUGGGAGGGGUGUGUUUAAAAUGUACAAUUAAAGAGUAUUUUUUUUUUAAGAUAAGGGAAUGACAAUAAUUAAAAAUAAGUGCUGUUUAAAAAAACUUUGUUGGAAUUUAACAGAAGAUACGAGUUUAAAAAAAGGGUUCACAUUUUACCUUAAUGUCAUUCUUUCCAACUUGACUUUAUAAUCCAGUAAGAAGGGCCUAGUUUCCAUCUCAUAUUCUUCAUUACUGAUUUUCAGGGAGAUAAUUUGCAGUUAGGCUAGGCCAUAAAAUAGUAGUUAGAAUAUUAGGCUAAGAUUUUGGUGGGGGAGAGGGAGCUGUUUGCUCAUUAGCACAACCCAUGUCUAUUUUAUCCCUAAGCCAUCGGAAAGGUCUUAGGCAUGGUAUAUAAGCGUUAGAGUUAAGUUUUGACUUUUAACAGUGUUUCUCAAACUUUUACUAUGUAUGUAUGAAAAUACAGAUUCUGACUCAGCAGGUCUGGGAUGGGGCCUGAUAGUUCAUCUCUAAAAGCUCCCACAUAACCCAUACAAAUGCUUGUAUCGUGGAUUGCCUUUGUGGUGGUUAGGCCUUUGAGGCUUCAGGCUGUGAAUUAGGUGGUAACACAAUCAGGUUUAAGUCCCAGGAAUUAUUGCCACAAAAGACUUAAGUGUUUUUUAAAUAACUUUUUCAAGUUUAUGAUCUGGGGAUGCAGACUGGUCUUGAAGUCUUCAAAUUAAAGUUCGAAAUUUUUUCAAGAGUUAAAGGUAGAAUUUUGCCUUAUUUGGAGCCUUUUUUUUAGAUAUGGACAAUUUUGGGAGGAAGUUUUUAAAUAGGCAGACAGUUAACGUAUCUCAUGUUACAAAGAACCUUGCUAAACAGAUGAGACAGUGUGAACCUUUUUUCAUGAGUAGUAUAUGUGGAUUAUGUUCUCAUUUUUUAAAUAUGAAAGUAAAUUUUCAGAUAUUAGAAAUAUAUUUACUUUCUAAAUAAAUCUUGCCUUCUAAGUUACAGGGCUUCACUGCUUUACUAAUAAACAUUGCAAACAGACUACCCUAACUAAGAUUAACUUGGCAGUAAAGUUAGCAGUACCAAAAUAAGCCCUAUCUGACAGAUCUGACUUGUCAUUUUAGUAAAGACCUCUGGUUACUUUGCUGUUAUAUUGUUGAAAGUUUCUAUUUCAUCUUAAAGUGGUGUUUGAAAGACAGUUGAAUAAUUUGAUUCUCUAAAAAUGAGUCUUUCUUGGCAUUGUUUUAUUUCCCUCACAUGUUUUAAAUACUCUUCAUACAAAUUGUACUCAUCCAGAGCACUUAAGGUACAGCCAGAGGUUAAAUAAUGGGGUUUUUAAAUUGAUUUAUCAAAAUUUGUUGAUUGCUUGAUUUGUAAAACAAAUCUGGGCUUUGGUUUGUGAUGGUCCAAUUAAUGAUAUGUUUAUCAUAGGCCAGGCUUUGUAUAUUGCUUUUUGAAAGUAUUAAAAUCUGAG